AUGAAUCUUGAACAUAGUCCUGGAGAGGAAGGAGUCUUCGCUCGCAGGUUCCUUUUGUGCGAACGACUCGCCAGGGACUUCUCCCUCGAUGAGCUAAUCACUCAAUGCGCCUGCUGUGAUACAUAUUUCGUGGCGUGUUGCUACCACGGGACCUUCAAAGGGGAUCUAUCUCCCUGUAAGAACUUCAGACUCAUCUUCGUCGAUGGGGCGUGUUCUAAUAAUGGGCAAGCGGAUGCGACGGCAGGGAUUGGGAUUGUUAUGGGAAGCAGCGAGAGCAACCAGUGGGGUAUUCCCAUUGACGACACGUUGGAUCCGGGUGCCAAGAGGACCAGUCAACGUGCGGAGCUGUUGGCUGCCCUUGAAGGACUCGAGAUGAUGCGUAUGCGGUACUUUGAGACGGAUGUGGAAGAAUACCGCAACAUGAAGAGGCACGAAUUACAGACGUUCAAGACCCAUAACGCGAGAGACAGCUCUGGUCUGGUGACUCAUCCUCAAUGGAUCAUUGCAUCCGACUCGGAGAAUGUUGUGUUGGGCAUGACAGAGUGGUUACCCAAAUGGAAGAGGAAAGGAAUGCGCAGGUCCCAAGGAAAGCGGCCUGCGAAUCUUGAUCUUUACUUGAAGUUGGAUGAAGCUAUCAGUUUUGUGGAGAGGAAGGGUUUUGAUGUGGGAUUUUGGAAAAUUCCUCGAGAGGGGAACACUAACGCCGACGAGUUGGCGAAGAUGGCUAGUCGUGUCGCGGCCAUGGCUUCUUGA